AUGAUUGUAUUACAAAACAAUGAGAUAAUAACAUCAUUUGAAAAGAGCAUAAUUCAGAAGGUCCAUCGACAUAGUAACAAAUUGUAUGCCAAUUUGUGUGGUGUUGUGUCAAAAAAUGCAAUAGACCACAUUGCGGCAGAGUUUGAUCGCGUGAAGUAUGUAGGUAUAAAUAAGUCUGAAUGUCGCUGCACAAUUAGGAGAACACAUGGUCUACCUUGUGCAUGUGAGAUAGCCAGGUAUAGUAUGAUCCCCCGUUCUAUUUCGUUAGAUGUUAUUCAUGUUUGGUGGACUAAAUUAACUUUUCAUGAUGAUGGAUCGGGUAAACCUUCAGAAUUAUCUGUGAAACAUGAAAUAGAAGUGAUAGUGAAAAAGUUUGAUGAACUUGAUGUACCUGGAAAAAUUGCACCGAAAGGUAAAUUACAUGAGAUUGCGUAUCCAUCGACUACGUCGAUGUGUCCAUCUGUUGGCAAGGUUAAAACAAAGGGUGCACCGAAAAAAGGCAAAAGUAAGAUAUCAAAAAGAGAUAAAUCAACCAAGCGUGAUCCAUCUUGGUGGGAAUAUGUGGAUGCAAGUGUUCGAUGCAGUGACACAAAUGCAUGUAGUAUUGUAACUUCUAAUAAAGUACAACAACCUCGACCAUCAGUAACAAAGCUCACACCUCGACCAUCAGUCAGCAAAGUUCAACAACCGAGAGUUCUUAUCUUCAAGGAAUGGUUGCCGGUUGAAAUUCACAAAUUCAUAGAUGACAUUAUUGACGUCGGCAAGGAUGGUAAUUGUGGAUAUCGUGUAGCUACAACUUUACUUGGAAUAUGUGAGAACUGUUGGACAUUCAUUCGUCAAGAGUGUGUGGUAGAUCUUCAAGAGUUCAUGUCUCAUUACAAGAUAAUAUAUGGUGGACAAAAUUUUAUUCAACAACUUAUACACAGUGCGUAUGUUGAACAAGUUGCAACUUUGGAUAAUUGGAUGACACUUCCAGAAAUGGGAUAUGUGAUUGCUUCGAAAUUUAACUUGGUUUUCGCCGCAUUAUCACUUAACCAAUCACAAAUAUUUUUUCCACUAAGAAGUAUACCACCAACAUCUAUGUCAGAUCAUCGUAUCAUAGUUAUUGCAUUUGUUAAGAACUGUCAUUUUGUGCAGGUUUACUUAAAGACAAAUUCUCCUAUACCACCAGUAAAUAAUUUGUGGAGAAAAUAUUGCACUGAAGAAACACGAUAG